UAACUUGUCAGACUAUAAAGUUGUGGUGAACGAGGCUACAUAGCUACACGCUACAAUUUUAGCAUUGCUGCUAGUGUUAGUGUCUUCAUAACAUUUAUCUGUGGCUUGUUCUCUCGUGUUUUGGUUCUAGCAUGGAUGCUCGUUUAUUCUUGUUGAUACUGCAAUGUUUGAUUGCUCGGAUAUUUUCAGUUACAGCUUGCUGCAAAAAUGAACACUUUUGCCAGACUUUAUUGAUCAACAAUUUAGAAGACACAUCUUCUACAUUAUGCAAAAAUGUCAACGAGUUUUUACGUUGUAAGAUGGGCGUGGGGCUUGCCACUGACGGCGAGGUUAAAGAGAUGAUAGAGAGGUUAAUGGCAGACGUUACGUUUGGAGGCCUUGGAUGCGACAUCGACACUGAGCUGUUAUCAACUUUAAGGCUGGAAAAUAAACCUGCGAAUUUAAUGAAUGUAAACGUCUUUAAAGUCGAUACAGAGGCAGGCAGUGUUUGUCUCGACACUUAUCUGGAAAAUAUAGAUUCACACGUCAACUUUCGGUCGCUAGUUUGCCAGGACAUUAACGUCUUCCUCAAAUGUGUGAGUGACCAGAGGUCAGCUGAAGACCUGGACAAGGCCAUCACUCUCUUUAAUUACGUGCUGGAGGAAUACGGUCUCUUUUGUAAUCUCACCAGAGAGACAGUAAUUAUGGAUUGUGAUGUGGGCGCUGGAAAGUGUUUGACGUCAUAUUUUCACAAGCAAUCCGAUGGCGCUUUUAAGGACAUUCACGGUUCGAAAUGCCCGUACAUCAACGAUUACUUGGUAUGCAUGGUGCGAACAUCGUGUAGUAUACACACACUGCAAGAGGGGCUCAAAGUUUUGUCAUCUAUUGAAGAACAAAAAUCUGGAUAUAAGUGUGAUAUAGGCCUAGAUACAAGUGCAAGUGUUACUUUAAGAAACAAGAUGGCAACUCGCCUUGCUACUGUGAUGAUGGGGCCGUACCAAGUGGCGUUGUCUGAGACGAUACGUGUUUUCAAACACAGCGCUCACAAAAAUACAACCAAGUAGCAGGAACAACAUCAGAAACGGAAUUUUUUAAUUUAAAAAAUAUUCAUGCCUACUUUGUUUUUACGAUUUAUAAAUUAAAAAAAUCCCACUGGAUGCUUUUUAA